AUGUUCGUGGAGGGAGAGCGCAGAGGUCUCCUCGGUCCCCAGGAAAUGUCCAACGGGCAGCUGCUGGGGCCCUUUAAGGGGCAGCCCCGCCCCCUGGCGCCCCGCCCAGCCCCCGUCGGGCCAGCGGCGGGGUGGAGAUGUGGCCGCGACAGCCCCGGGGUCCUCCGGGUUGUGCCGGGCCUCACGUCUGCAACCCAGCCCGCCGCUCGGAGAAGACGAAGGCCCCGCCGGCGCGGUCCGGGGACCACGUCCCUGCGGGUGGCUCCCGGGGAAUGCCCGAGGGGGCGGCUGCUGAGCCACCGCAUUCCGGGGAUACCUCUCCGCCCGGGUGGCCGGCGCGCUCCUGGCGCGCGGCGCCACCGCCCCGCCCCGCCCCGCUGGACGGGUCCGGCCGCGUUGCCGCCCGAGUCUGACAGUCGCCCCCUCGAGACUCGAGCCCUGAAACGCCCAGCCGCUCCCUGCAGCCCGGAAGCCACAGCGCCCAGCACCCUGCCGGGCCCGAAGGUGGCGCCAAUAAAGUGAACCACGAAGGGAAA